AUAAACAUCACAGCCACCUAGGCUGCGGAGCGUCACGCUGCUCUGCACGGGAGAGGGUGACGGCGGCCCUGCUCGGUUUGUUUUUAGCCAUUUUUAAAGUGUUCCAGGCUAGUUAAGAUGUUUCACUGACGUUGGAUUCAGGUGUGAGGAAAUAAAAACAUGGCUAAGCGCAUCAGAUGCCGUUCAGGGACACCUGGUUUGCUGACCAGAAAGUACCGGUUGUUCUAAUCUCGACUCAUUGCUACCAGGAAAAAAAAAACAACGACGGUAACUUCGAUAAAGAUCAGCGACGUAGAUUCAGAUUGUUUCAACCCUUCAAGGUCUGCUUCCUUUAGUGUUCGGGCUAAUCGUCCUAAAAUGGACCGAGGAGGCUGCCAGAUGAGCGGAGGAGGCGGCGGCAGCGACGCCACCGACCGACCCGGGAUGAUCACCCUGGAGGACCUGGAGUCCUUCUCCGAGGACCAGCUGUCAGACUCCGGUAACGGCAGCCUGGAAGAGGAGGGAGAAACUAUGGAGGCAGAAGACAAUUCCGACCGACUGCUGCAUUACUGGCAGGAAGUGGCGAGAGGACACCAAGUGGAAGUUUCUCCAGAUAUGGCAGAACCCAUUCAGCAGCUAAGCAGCGACAACCAAGGACGAAGUCAAAGAGAGCACAUCCCAUUUACCCUGCUAAUGCGAAAAGAGAAGUGUGGAGAACCGCUUUAUGAGAAACGUCAAUAUGAAAAGGGUCACUGGGCUUGUAUAACGUUGCACGAGGAAACAUACGAACAGAGCAUCUGCUACGGCUUCAUGAGAAUAAUGAGAUACAUCUGUCAGCAGAACUCCUUAGGAGACUACCUCGGUAUGACGCUGCCCAUAGUGACGGUAGUGCGGACAGAUGAAAAUCAUUCAGUGAUCUCCCAGGACGUCACUGUAGCCUACUACCUUCCCAUAGAGCAUCAGGCGCAGCCUCCACAGCCUGAUGAUAACGAGAUUGCCAUCGAGGUCUGGCCUGCCACUACCGUGUACACAAGGGGGUUUAGUGGUCCCACCAAUGAAGUGACCAUCAUCAAUCAAAUCAACGCCAUGGCCGAGCUGCUGGACUCUCCAGCUGUUUGCGUAAACGACUCGUUCAUCGUAGCCGGCUACACCAACCCCGCUCACAGCAACCGUCAGAAUGAAAUCUGGUUCCUGGAGCGGCGCUGACCCAGCGGCAUUAAUCCUACCAGUGACCCUAAAGCCUCAUGGACCCUUUGACACUGCCCCAGCUAGCUCAGCUACAGCCUCAGGUUCCAACAUCCUUUUAAGUCACCAUCCCUACCUGAAACGAAUACCAGCCUAGCACAAUCCAGAGCCGAUAGGUUUAUCAGUUUAAACAGAAGAAAAGAAAAAAAAAAGUCUGAACCUUAAAGACUUUCCUUCUUUUUAAACAGAAGCGUGCCCCCAGUGGACAUGCAGCCUCACUGCACCCCUGCAGUUUGUUACAUAGCCAUAAUAACAUUCAGCCAUGUUGGUUACACCGUCGUGUGAUUUCGGCUUCAGCACCGCUACUUUUCUCUUUGGAAUAUACCAAUAUAACGUGGCUAAAGGUGGACAGUGACCGAUAAAAUGACUGAGAAUCAGCAGCUUGGUUUCUGUGCCAUGAACCCAACUGUGUGCUGCAGUUGGGAUUGAAUCAACCAGCAUACCAACCACUACUGAGAUUUAUUAUUUCAGGCACAAAAUUCCUCAAUGAUCUCAUUUAUGUACCUUAAAGGAUAUAACAGAAUUAAAGAGGAAUAAACAAUGUGGGACUUCAAGGCCCAGCAUUGUGACAGAGACUAAAGAUUUUAAAUAUAAGAGUUCACCAUCAGCUGCUCUGUUUAGGCAGCUCAGAAAUAAUUAAAGUGAAUAUUAUAGUACAAAUUUAUUUUAAGAAUAUCUUUAUCUCAGUUUGCUGUUAAAGUCUUUCCUGAUUUUAAAAGUAUAUUAUUUAAAAGCGAGAAGUAUCAAAGUUAUAAUUCUGCUUUUUUUGUUUUUUCCCCCUCAUUUUGAGCCUAAAUGAUCUUGUUCUGUUGACAAAUUCUCUUACCUGCUCAAAACAAGGGGAAUGCACCUAUUUCAAGAAAAAAAAUGACUUAUGUUUCAUUUUUUGAAUGGCAAUUUGGUUUUUCCACCAAAUUAGAUUAAUUGCUUAACUAAAGGUGGUGCUACACCAGGCUCCCACCUGGUUCUACCAAAAACAGAAAAAGAGUUUGUGACUCUUAGAAUGACAGGAUCUUGUGGAUUAGAGAAUCUCCCAUCAGAUUUAUCCAGAUUUUACUGGAUGACCUCAAUGAAUGGAAACCUGACCUGAUAAACAGAUAUCUUAAUAGCAUCUUCACUUAUUCAGGUUGUUGUAACAAGCUGUUUGUGAAGGUUUCAGAAUGCUGAAGGACGAAUCUUCACUGCAAAUUUAGGAUAAAAAAACCAACCUUCUGUUAUGACGAAGCUCCAUCCUUUUCCCAUUUUUUAAACUAAUAAAAAAAAAAAAAAAAACACCCACAUUUUUUAUGUUAAGCUCCUACUAUUUUUAUUGCUUUUUGGUCAUAGUUGAUUCCAGUGCUAAAGCGGCAUUUUUUUCCACUUGAUCUGGUUCCACUUGAUCUGGUUGGAUCACUCAGAUUAGAAGUUAGUGUCGUAUGAUCAUCAGCAUCUAAGAAACCUAAUCCAGACUGGAACUAUUGGCUACAGAAGGUGACAUGGAAAAGAGAACAAAUGCCUGCAAACAGAACCUGUUCCUGUGUUCGUAAAUGAAUGUAGAGCUCCAGGGAAAUCACACUUCAGAAAACCAAAUGCUAACAACAAAUCUGCUAAAUGACAAUCAAAAACCUGAACCACACUCUGUCUUGGCUAGUAAUCUAA